AGCCGAACACGACGGGCGGCCAGUCGUAGCCGACCGGAAGUGUAGCACGCCGCCGCCGCUAUAAUAUCCUCCGGAGGUCCCGCGAGCAGCACGUGCCGCGAAGUCCGCGUGUUCACGGUCGUCUUCAGCCAUCGAUCACGAAAUGGUUGAAUUCAACUUUACAUUAGUACUUUGGCUAUUAAUGAUGACUACAGAUAUUCUCGAAAGUUUGGCGGCUACAAACUCUUUAUCACGUGAAAUAGAUUAUGUUAAACACAUUGACGCAGUCUUGGGUGAUAAAGCUGAACUACCAUGUAACGUUCAAACUGUCAAGAAUUCAACAGAACCACCGAUUCUAAUAAUUUGGUAUAGAGGACAAGACUAUCCCAUUUAUAGCGUUGAUCAGCGGGACCGCACAAGCAAACAUUGGUCGGAUCAUUCUAUGGAAGACAGAAUCUAUUAUACAGAAAACAAAGGAUUUGCUGUUAUAAUAAUUGAGGACAUACGUAUAACUGACGGAGGUCAAUACAGGUGCCGAGAGGAUUUCAAGUAUUCUCCAACGCGCAAUAAUUUUAUUUUACUCGAUAUUAUAACACCGCCAAGCAGAUUGGAAAUCUUAGACAGCCAGAAUAACGUCGCUCAGAGUUCCACAUUGCCACCCGUCAUGGAAAACGGGACAUUGGAAAUCACAUGCAAAGCUUACGAUGGAAAUCCUUUACCACGCUUAACGUGGAAUAUACGAGGAGCAAAUAUAGACAGUUCAUACGAAAUACAGAAGGACUACAAUACAGUGGCCAAUGUGUUACGAAUUGAUCACGUUCGUAGAGAAAAUCUUGGUAGAAAACUCAUUUGCGAAGCAUCAAACAUGCCAAAUACCAUUCAAUUGUCAACGUCAGUUACUAUGAAUGUUUAUCUGAAGCCAUUAAGCGUGGCUAUCACAGGAGCUGAACACCCUUUUCUCUCUGGACAACCAAGUAAUCUCGAUUGCAUUUCAUACGGUUCGAGACCUGCAGCUAACAUUACAUGGUACCACAAUGGACGGGUCAUCGAGUAUGAAACAAAAAGGAUAAAGGUGGCGGGAAAUAAUAAUAUGACAUGGAGCACUUUAAAAUUAGUACCAACUGAUGAGGAUAAUCAAAGUGUUAUAACCUGUGUGGCAAGCAAUAUAUAUUUUCCAGCUGAUACGAAAGAACAACAGAUAAUACUUAACGUUCAUUAUCCUCCAAGGCUACAGAUAUGUUUGGGCAGAAAUUUAAAUGUUUCUAACAUUAAAGAAGGAUCAGAUGUGUAUUUUGAAUGUACUAUCAACGCGUCUCCGUCCAUAACCAGACUUGAUUGGGAUCAUAAUGGAUCAAAUGUUGGACAGCACGAAAGCCGAAGGACAAUUGUUAGUAAUCAAACAUUAGUUUUACAAUCAAUAACACGUAAAGGUUCUGGAAGUUAUCGGUGUAUAGCCUCAAAUGCCAGAGGAAAAUCGAUAAGUGAUGCCUAUCACCUUGACGUUAAAUACGAACCAUCUUGUAAAGCCGAUCAACAACGCAUAUAUGGAGCACACAAAGGAGAAACUGCAUGGGUCAAGUGUGACGUAAACAGCAAUCCUAUUCCUACUUCGUUCCGUUGGGCUUUCAACAACUCCGUAUCUGGUUUGAUCAACGUAGCUAAUACAGACAAAAGUAUGGCCAUCAUUAAGUUCAAAGUAUCAGAUUUUGGCACGCUCUUGUGUUGGGCGACCAACUCUUUAGCUACUCAAUCGCAACCUUGUGUUUAUCACAUUGUUCCAGCAGGUAGGCCAGAUCCGCCUAGAAACUGUUUGCCAGUAAACGUAACGAGUACUCGGUUCACAAUUCAAUGCGAACCCGGAUACGGUGGUGGACUUCCGCAGCAUUUUGCAUGCACAGUUGCCACAAUCGAUCGACCGGAUGUGCCCGAAGCCAGUUACGUCGGCCAAACCGGUCACGUGGCUGUAAAAAUCACCGGAUUGCGACCGUCCACCCGAUACGUGACCACGGUGUACGCAGGCAACGCGAAAGGCACGAGUAUCGGCCAUGUACGCGUUUACGUCGAAACAGCUCCUAAUCCAAAGGACCCACACGUAGCUGGAGAUUCAACCAGCACUGCUACGCGGUUCUCUGAAGCCACACACAUAGGUAUCUUGUUGCUCGGAUGCUGCUUCGUGGGAGUGUGUGCAAUGGCAGUCGUAUAUGCCAAACGGUUGGCGGCCAACGUCCGCGGACGAUCAGUAUUCCGGGAACGGCCAACUGUCAGGAUUCAGAACGGCGAAGAAAUUCGAUUUACAGGGUCCAAGGGUGUCGAAGAACGUCCAGUUGUCACAAACGAUGAAAGAGGAAUACAAACAGGAUCAAAAAUCAAAAUUAAAAUUCAUGAAAAUUUGAAAAAUGGACAAUAUAAAGAAAUUAAUUCAGAAUCACCGUAUUCUGUACUUACUAUACAAAAUAGUAAUACUUCACGAGUAUCGCAGUUGGAAGGUCGUUUGAAUGAUAAAAACAAUGUCCGGUUAUUCACACAACGAACGCAGAACAGCAAUCAACAAAAGAUAUGUGAAUCGUUCGUACUUUAUCCAAACCGCAAGACCAUUCCGAUGCAGGAUAUGGUUUACACCAGCAUGGCCAAACCAUACGCUGAAUUAGAAAGCAUUGUAUAGAUAAACAUAGUUCAUUUUAGCUCACCCGUCAGUGCGGAGAUUGUCAUCAUGGUUAUUGUGGCGUACACGCCUAUACCGUUGUGGUGCAGGUCCAUUACGUGUUACAGCGGUGACUUCCUGCCAAUCUCGGUUUACGGGUUUGAUAAUAAAGGAGACACUGCCAAUGGUCCACCGGCGAUCGUGGAAACCCUGUGCGAAGAGGAAGGCAGUCUUCUCAUUCUGUCCAAAUGCCGCAUCAAGUUGUACAUCGAACGGAUACAGAAGACCUCCGAUGACGACAAAGGCGGCUUCUUGUAGGGCAUACGUUCCACAUGGAUGCGACUUUUAUGGAGAGAUACCGACGAAAAGCUGUCGGCCACGUGGUCAACAGCUCCGAGCACUGCGAUAAUGGUAUCAAUGGUGUUGAAACCAUUAGAAACGAUUUACAUGGACUACGCUCAUCACUUAUUCUAAGCUCUGUGAUUUCGAAUAAUAUAGAUACUUCAUUGAGGAUUUUACUCAGCCAUUCCUUUUUGGCAAUGGAUACUUUAAUAAUGUUUUUUUAAACUCAAUCAAGUUUUAAAAUAGAUUUUUACAACCUACGCCCUAUUCGAUAUUAUAUAAUAUUUGAUACAUUCCAACCUAUUAUAAUAUAUAUUUUAUAUUCGUGUAUCUACUUAUUACUUCAAAAUGUACUGUAUGCAUAUCGAUUUAUCAAAAAUUGUUACUACUUAUUUUGUAUUUGUGUACAAAUACCUUCCUAGAACCUUUUAAUUAGUUUUAUUACAUUUCAAGAACUGCCUAGUGAUUAUGCCUGUUAUCAUUUCAUUUAAAUAAAUGUCUUUUAGAUUCUGAAAAGAGUGAUAAAUGUAUUGACUUUACGAUGAUGUAUUUUUUUUCUAUUUUUUUUUUUUUUUUUGUUUCUCUGUACACCAUAACUUGUCAAAUCAAUACUUCAAUUUUAAAACAUCGGGGGUGAUUUUUAGUGGAAUAUUGAAUGUUUUUGGUGCAUAAUAGAGGUCAUUAGUAUCAAAUUUCCAGAAGUUUUCAAAAAAAAAAAAUAGGAAAAAACCAUAAAAAAGUGACGUACCUAAAACAAAUUUUAUUCAAAACCAGUUUUCGAAAAAAUCGAUUAUUUUUAAAGUUGUAACUCAAAAACUGUAAAUAGUGUAAAUAUUUGAAAUUUUCAUAAAAUGUUUAUAAUAAUGUUAUCUAUACUCAGUUAAAUUUUCAAAAUAUUAUGGCUUUUUUGAGUUAUUUAUAGACAACUAAAAUUUUCGAUUUUUCUAAGUAUUUUUUUUUUUAAUGUUAAGAAAAAGACUUGAAAAUUUAAUAUUAUAAAGUUUCUUAUAAGUUCUAAUUGAAGUUAAAAAAAAAAUCAAAAACAGUUGGUCACAAUUUUUGAAUUUAUAUAAGCGUUUAAAGUUGAAAUUUGUACGAAAUAUAUUAUAUCAAAAUCGCGAAAAUUAGCAAGUAAUUUUGUAGUUGAAUAUUCUUAAUAUUGAACAAUUAUUUUUCGUAUACAAUGAUGCCUAUCAUUGCAUUCAAAUAUUUAACGCAUUCAUUGUAGUGACCAACUCUAUUUUCGAGGACCACUCGAUACUUACUAUACAGCAGAGCAUUACCCACUUGACCACCUUAUUUUUAAUUUUAGUGUUAAUGGGUAUUUAAUAGAACAUUUUUUUUUAUAUCGCUAUUAUAUUAUAUUCCAUUUUUCUAGUAAGUGUAAUAUUAUAAAAACGAUUAGUAAUGUUAGUAAUGAAUUGUAUAUUUUUUCUCCCCAUUUAUACUCGAUGUAAAUAAUAUACUGCAUUUUUUUGCAUGAUAAUGAUUGGCCAUUAAUAAAUUAUUGAGUCUAGAAUAUAAAAUUUAUAUCACAUUUAAUGUAAUAUAAUUUUAUUUGAUUAAUGUUAAGAAUAGCUAUGUUGUCGAACAGUAUUAUUAGUAACAUAACAGUAUUAUUUAACAUAAAAAUAUUUACAUAUGUGGUAUUUAAUUAUAAUUUUAUAAUACAUAUUAAUUAAGCUUGUUAAUUCUAAUGUGCAAUCAUUAUAUUACAUUUAAUUUAGUUAAGAUUGACUUUAUUCUUUUCAGUUUGUGAACCGAAUUAGAUUACCUAAGACUAAUGUGUAUUAUAAAAUAUUACAUCAAAAUAUAUUUUAACCUUAGACAAUGAACUACCUACAACACAAAUUAUUUGGGUUUUUUGUUUUGUAAAAAAAAAGUUAUAAAAAAUAGACAAACUUUCAAAAUGUCCAUCUCAUAAUGCCUAACAAGAGACUUGUAAAAAAUGCAAAAAUAUAAAAUAUCUAAUACCUAUUUAUUAUAAUAUAAUAUACCUAUAUUUGUAAAAACUGUAAAUACUUUAACCCAAUUUAAAUAAUUGUAACUAAUGGCCAUAGUUGC